GACGAGCGCGAGCUCAAACGGCAGCGCAGGAAGCAGAGCAACCGCGAGUCCGCGCGACGGAGCCGGCUGCGGAAGCAGGCGGAGUGCGAGGCGCUCGGCUCGCGCGUCGGCGGGCUCGUCGAGGAGAACGCGUCGCUCAAGGCGGAGGUGGCGCGGCUGCUCGCGAAUUGCGAAGCGCUGAGCGCUGAC